AUGGCUGGAAACCUCACCACAAUUCUACCACGACUGCCGUCGUCGGCGACAACGUUCCCCUAUGUGCUUCCGCUUCCGCCUGCAAGGACGAUUCUUGGAUAUCUCCUGCCACUGAUACCCAUUCACCUGGUCCUCGUCAAAAUCUUUCGAAAUCGGUUCAGUCGCCAGCUGCAAGCAAAGCACCCGUACUCAUCGAAUCCUGGACCAGGCCAGAAGCCGCUGUCUGAGAUGCCUCUUUCAGCGGCUCACGAUGUGAUCAAGCUGCUCUCAUCCAAGGACUUUCCGUACUUCUUCAACUUAGCCUUGCAGUUUGCACUCAUCCGCACAUAUGCCGUCCCAAGCAUCUCGACCCUGCUUGUCAAGACCACUCAACUCGACUCUCAAUCUCGCAACACAGUCGGCAAGCGCUACGCCGACACAGGCGUCAUCAUUAGCGAAUUCUACCACAACGCCCCAGGCAGCACGCGCUCAGCCGAAGCCUUUGCCCGCCUCAACUACCUCCACGGCCACUACAUCCGGCAAUCCAAAAUCUCCAACGACGACAUGCUCUACACCCUGUCGAUGUUCGUCCUCCAACCGCCCGAAUGGAUUGACAAAUACGAAUGGCGCCCCUUCACCGAACUCGAAAUCUGCGGCAUCGGUCUCUUCCACCGUUUCGUCGGCGAAGCAAUGGAGAUCUCCUUCGAUCCUCUUGACGACUUCCCACCUCCACCUCUUCCCGGUCAUGCCGCUGAUAAGUCUCGCACCUGGCGCACCGACGGCCUCGCCUUUUUCCACUCCCUCGACGCCUGGUCCAAAGUCUACGAAACCCGCGUCAUGCUCCCCAACGAACCCUCCCACAGCAUCACCAUGAAAACCCUGCACCUGCUCACCUCUACCCUUCCCUCAUCCCUCGGCAAAGUCGUCUACCAAACCGCAAUCAGCAUGAUGGACACCCGCAUGCGUGCAGCGUGCCUCCUCCCAUCCCCGCCACCCUCUUACCGGCGCAACAUCGACCGCUUCCUCGCCAUUCGCGCUUUCGUCAUUCGCCACUUCUGCUACCCAAGACGGGCCCUCUGGGGCUGGUGGGUUCCCGAGGAGGAACGCGGCAUGUCGACCGAGACACCGGAUCCCAUCACGGGAAGAAGGUAUUUCGCGACGUACGAGGCGCUGCCGCAUUAUGUGAAGCCCACCUUCUUCAACAGAUGGAUAAGUCCAGCAGCCUGGGCGAGCUGGAGUCUAGGUGUACCAGUGCCGGGGGAUCCGGAGAUGGAGGGGAAGGGGUGGUUGAUGACGGAGACGGGGCCGAAGGCUUUUGUGGGCAAGGGGAAUGCAGAGUUCGCAGUGACCAAGCAGCGACUAGAAGGCAGGGUGCGGGUGCAAGAGCCUGUCAGUGAUGCGCCGAGGGGGUGUCCUAUGUUCGUGAAAGUCUAG